CCACAUCCGCCCAACAUCACUUCCUGGGUUAAAAAAAAAAAACCAACACCCCAAACCCCUAAGCUUAUCUGAUCUGAUCUUGCUGACUGUGGCUAUCGAGACGUAUUCAUUGUGCUGCCGAGGAUCCAAGCAGACACCAUGAAGAUUCAAUUAGCAACAGCACUCUCCAGUCUCUUUCUUUGCCUGAUUUUCCUGGUGCUUACCACAUCCUCUGCUGGAGAAGGGCUUGGAAAGGGUUUUGGAGAUCACAUUCAUUGGAGGACACUAGAAGAUGGGAAGAAAGAGGCAGCAGCCAGUGGUUUGCCUCUAAUGAUUAUCAUCCACAAGUCCUGGUGUGGAGCUUGCAAAGCUUUAAAGCCAAAGUUUGCUGAAUCCAAGGAGAUCUCCGAACUUGCCCAUAAUUUUAUUAUGGUAAACCUUGAGGAUGAAGAAGAGCCAAAGGAUGAAGCUUUUAGCCCUGAUGGUGGUUAUAUUCCCAGAAUCCUUUUCAUGGAUCCCAGUGGGAAGGUCCAUCCAGAGAUUAUAAAUGAGAAAGGAAACCCAAGCUACAAGUAUUUCUACAUCAAUGCUGAUCAAGUUGUCCAAGGAAUGAAGGAAGCCCAAGAGAAGCUGACAGGAGAUGCUUUCAAACAAAAACAUCUUGGCGAUGAAUUAUAAUAUAUAUAUUGAACAUUCCUUUUCCAUCACCCUGAAGCUCUGAAAGGAUAAAUGAUUGUUUUUUUCUUUUAAUCCAUUAAACAUACCAAGAAAUGUGGCUGCACUGGAAGGGCGUAAUUCUCCUCUCAAUAUCUUGGAAGGUUAAACACUAUCUGAUUUUUCACACACCUCCAUCAAAUACAGUGUUAUCUUCUCCUCCCCAUCUAGUGUACACUUCAGUGCUUAUUUACGGCUGAUGUAUCCAUUCAAGAUGAGGUUGUGUAUGCAUGUACAUCAGAUCUGUCCACGUAAACAAUGAUCACUUGUAUCCAGAGGCCUAGAUCUUACCCUCUUCUUAAGAGGAAUGAUUUUUACAUUUUCAAAUAGCCAACACUUGGUCUCCAAUCAGUGCUCGCUCCCCUACGUUUGACUGACAUGAAGUCAUCCCUUUGAUUUCAGUGAGGAUACUCGUGAGUAGGAGAUGUGACUCAAGCCUGCUCUAUUCUGAAAAGCCAAAAAAAAUCAAAACAAUAAUUCUGCCAUGAACACUAACACAAAUAGAGUUAUUUUGAUUAAUAUCUAGUAGCAUGUGGACUAGUCAUUCUGAACAUUCUUUUUCUUGUAGGAACUCUUUGUGACUUGACUUUAUUUGCAUUCAGGUUGAAACUCCACCUAUCUAUUGUAUGUUCAUCUUUCAACUGUUUUAUUAAGAGAAGAUAGAUUAUAUUGAAGCAUUAUGGGGUUCUCCCCCUUUUUUGCGGAAUGUUUUUGGAGAAUGUCUUGCCAUCAUAUUGUACUGUAUUUUUGUACUAUGGUGAAAAAUAAAAAUGA